AUGAAAGCCAAUAAGCUACUCAACCAGGGUACUUCGAGUAUCUUGGCUAGCGUAGACACUAGAGAGCCAGAAGUUUCCUUGUCAUCUGAACUGGUGGUGAGAAAAUUCCCUGACGUUUUCCCUGAUGAGCUUCUAGAACUUCCAACUCCCAGGAAAAUUGAUUUUGCUAUUGAGUUAGAGCCAGACACUACUUCCAUAUCUAGAGCUCCUUAUAGAAUGGCCUUAGCUGAGCUGAAAGAGUUGAAAGUCCAGUUGCAGGAAUUAUAUGAACAUUACGAGUUCAUUGUAAUGUCUUUUAGCUUGACAAAUGCUCCUGCUAAGGGUAAGGUGGUUGCUUAUGCCUCUCGCCAGUUGAAAAGUCAUGAGCAGAACUACCCUACCCAUGAUUUAGCGUUGGUAGCAAUGAAUCGUCGCCUGGCAGAAGCAGAGCAAGAUGAGGAGUUCUCUAUAUCCUCUGAUGAUGGACUUAUGUUUGAGAGGCGUUUGUGCGUGCCGGUAGACAAUGCAGUUAAAACAGAGCUUUUGACUGAGGCUCAUAGUUCUCCAUAUUCUAUGCAUCCUGGCAGUACGAAGAUGUACCAAGACUUGAAGCGUGUUUAUUGGUGGAGAAAUAUGAAAAGAGAAGUGGCAGACUUUGUCAGUAGAUGUUUGAUGUGUCAGCAGGUAAAAGCACCAAAACAGAAGCCAGCAAGUUUGUUACAACCCUUGAGUGUGCUAGAGUGGAAGUGGAAGAAUGUGUCUAUGGACUUCAUUACAGGACUAUCUCCUGUUUGUUGGGUUGAGGUUGGUAAGCAGAGAAUGUUAGGCCUUGAGCUAGUUCAAACAACAAAUGCAGCCAUACAGAAGAUUAUAACUCGUAUGUUGAGAGCGCAGAGCAGACAGAAGAGUUACGCUGAUGAACGGCGUAAGAAUCUCGAGUUUGAUGUGGGAGACAUGAUUUUUCUAAAGGUAGCACCUAUGAAGGGUGUUUUGAGAUUUGAAAAGAAGGGAAAGCUUAGUCCACGUUUUGUAGGGCCAUUUAAGAUACUUGAGCGAAUUGGCUCUGUAACUUAUCGUUUGGCGGUGCUUCCUGCGUUUUUUAUAAUUCAUGAUGUAUUUCAUGUCUAG